AUGUUGCGCAUGCUCGAGGCGCAGGCGCCAGCCAAACAGACGGCCACCGACACCAUCAAUACUCUUUGCAACCGCCUCGCCAGCGCCACUCUCCUGGAAGAUCGGCGCGCUGCCAUCCUUGGCUUGCGCAGCUUUGCGAAGGAAUACCCCGCCUCAGUAGCCUCAGGCUCGCUGCGAGGCCUGAUCGCAGCUCUCACGAAGGAUGCGGAGGAUCUAGAUACCAUAAAGGUCGUGCUGGAGACGCUGUUGAUGCUCUUUAACCCGGACGAGAAUAGCCCCGAAGCCUCUGAAGACAUCUCGCUGUGGCUGGCCGACGAAUUUACUCAACGGCAAGAUAACAUCACCCUUCUCCUCGACCUUCUCGAGUCCACCGACUUCUAUUCCCGUCGCUACGCCCUGAAAAUCCUCAAAGCUAUCUCGGAGCUCCGCCCAGAAAGGACCCAGGAAUGCAUCUUGUCCGCUCCCCUUGGGAUACCCAGAUUGGUUGCCGCAUUGGACGAUCCCCGUGAUGCUGUACGCGAUGUUGCCCUGGACCUUCUCAUCGACCUUACCCAGUCCUCGACCGAGCUGCAGAAGAUUGUCGCUUUCCAGAAUGCCUUCGAAAAGAUUUUCAAUUUGAUUGACGGCGACGGAUCCAUAAGACAAGGAAGCAUUGUCGUCCAAGACUGCCUGACACUGACCGCGAAUCUCGUUCAGUACAACCCCUCCAACCAACUGGCCUUCAGAGAAUCAGGUUGCGUGCCUAAGCUGGCUGCACUUCUGAACAACGGCCUUGAGGUUCCCCGGCCCGUAAACCCCGAGGAGGAGGUAUGGGAAAGUCCACACAAGGAAAAGAAUUUGUUCGGCCUGCUUGCAGUUCUCCGCAUGUUCCUGGUGAAGGGUAGCAUGGGUACGGCCGCAAACCAAGACGCCUUUCACAAGCACGGAAUCUUACAGCAGGCCCUCGAGCUUUCCUUUGACCACACAGUCUCCGUUCCCAUCAGAUCGCAGGCUCUGUAUGUUUGCGCCGAUGCUAUCAGAGGAAACUCGAGGCUACAAGAGAUCUUUGCUCAGACUCAAGUGGCAAUUUCAGAUUACGAGCACAGCAAUCAACCCAACGGAGAGAAGACACAGAACGGUAUCUCACAAGUGCACGUCAUCGAGGCUUUGUUACAUCUUAUUCUUGGCGCUUCGUCUGUACAGAUGUUCGAUGCCCGCUUCGCUGCAUGCGAAUGUCUCAAGGCGUACUUCUACAACCAUGACCAGACUGGCAGGCAUUUCCUUAAUCACGCCGUGAACGUACACCUUGCCGGGGAGGAAGACGCUGCUAAUGUUGUCACCACGCUGGUCCGCGGUCCGCAGAGCUUCCAAACUGUAGACCCCUACCGCCUCUGGUUCGCAGCCGUCAUUACUUUCCACCUUCUAUUUGAGACACCCGACGCAAAAAGCCUGUUGAUGGGCGUUGUAGAAGGCGAUGCCGAGAGCGGAGAAGAAGUCGUCACGUGCAUUCAGGAAAUGAGUAGCAACCUCAUCAGCGGUCUCCAAAAUGGCGAAGAUGAACGAGUGAUCCUCGGCUAUCUCAUGGUCCUUUGUGGAUGGCUGUUCGAAGAUUCCGAUGCAGUCAACGAUUUUCUUGGAGAAGGAGCUAGCAUUCAGACCCUUGUCACGACUGCUGCCAGAACAACUACGGACAAGCCGGUGAUUAGAGGUCUUUGUGCCGUUCUUCUUGGCAUAAUCUACGAGUUCUCCACCAAGGACUCGCCCAUCCCUCGCCGCGAGUUGCAGCCUGUGCUGCUCAACAGCCUCGGACGCGAAAAGUAUCUGGAUGCUAUAACACAACUCCGGACACAUCCCUUCGUACGAGAGUUCGAGGUCAUGCCCCAGGGUGGUGCUGCUGCGUUUGGUGGAAACUUGCCCGAUGUGUUCUUCGACAGCACAUUUGUAGACUUCCUCAAGGACAACUUCAGCAGGCUUUCACGCGCAGUCGACAGGGAUCCAGGAAUCGAGAUCCAUCAAAACCCCCAGGGCGUGGACAGGGAUCUGGUCGAUACUCUCCGCGGGCAGCUCGAGGAGAAGAGCAAGACAUUGGAGAGUGCAGAGUCGAAAAUGCUGCUCCUGGAAAGGCAACUCAAUGAAGAGCAGGCAAAUCAUAAGAAAGAUUUGGACACGACAAGCACUGAAAUCAACCGGAUAAAGAACGUCAACGAAGCGCUGCAGCGCAACCACGAAGCUGACGUAGCACAACGUGAAGCUGCGCACGCAGCAACGCUACAAAGGCUAGAAGAGCAGCAGCGCCAGCAGCUAGCAAGUCUCAAUGCCCAGAUGCAACAGAAGCAAAGAGAAGCGGCUGGGCAGGCAGCCAGCGUCAAGCAACAAUAUGACCGGGAAAUUGCACAGCUCAGACGUGAGAAAGCCGAGCUCGAAGACAGGAGCAAGAAGACCGAAUCCAGUCUGCAGGCGAGAUGUGCCCAGGCUGAAGCCGCGCUUGAGGAAGCAAAGAAGCAAUGGGCUGAAUUGCAGGCUAACUUCAGCAAGGUGCAGGCUGAGCUCACUGCUGCGCAAAAUGCAAGCUCAAGCCUCGAAGAGAGGAGCAAGAAGGCCGAAUCUAGUCUGGAAUCUACUACUAAGCAACUGAAGGAAGUCGAGUUGAACUUCAGCCAAACUCGCACAGACCUUUCGGCUGCGCAAGGUACUGUCGCAAGCUUGGAGGAGACAGUACGCCGGAAGACGGCGCAGGUCGAGGAGCUUACACGCAAGGUGGAACAGCUCGAGAAGGCUGCGGAGGUAACGAAGACCGAACUCAGAGAGGUGAAGGCUCAGUCACAGAAGCAUGAGAAUGCGGCCAAGUCGACCGACUUCGCAUUGAGGGAGGCUCAGGACCAACUUGGUGAGGCACAGGAGAAACUCAAGAAGGCGCAAGAUGAGUUGGCGGAGAAGGAGGAGGCUAGGGCAUCAGCACAAGGCGAGCUUGAUGAUAUGCUCAUGGUCCUGUCGGAUUUGGAGGAAAAGCGCGCUAAGGACAAGAAACGCCUCAAGGAACUGGGCGAGGAGGUUUCGGACGGAGAAGACGAGGAUGACGAUGAGGACGAUGAAGAUGAAGAGGAUGAAGAAGAAUAG